AUGAGCAAUUCUCCAGAUGGUGCGACUGCGGUAGCCGCGCCUACAGACUCUCCUACCGUCACCACCUCCAACAGCAUCGAAUCCAUCGCCCACGGCAAGGAAAAAGCCAAAGAAGUUCUAGCGGCCUCCGGCAUCGACAUCUCCAAGAAUGACACUCCCGGUGAGCCCAAUGGCCAAGAUGCACAUCCCAAUGCAAACCGUAAACGCAAGCGCGAAACCCCCAUCGAGCGAAUCCAGGCCGAUGAGUACGUCCAGCGCGAGUACCAUUACAAGGCCCUCUUGGCUGAACAGAUCAAUCACCCAACGCUAUCGCACCAAAAGAAACAAGAGGCUGCCUUCUACCAAAGUCUACGACCGAGACGCGAACAUGAUCCGGGUUCUGUUUUUGGAUAUGGCUAUGAAGGGUUCGGGAAUCCUAGGACGGACGAGAGGAACAUCCGCGAUCCCAUCAUAUAUCCGCGGCAGAGAAGGCCUGGAAAACGGAAAACGAUGCCUCCACAUGUGUCUCGCAAGGAGCAAAUCCUGCAAGCAGAGCAAAGCGAAGACCUGGUACCGAUCCGGCUAGACAUCGAUUGGGGUAAAAUCAGACUGCGCGACACAUUCACCUGGAACCUUCAUGAUCACACACUGUCCGUGGAUUACUUCGCCGAAAAGCUGGUCGAAGACUUUGGUCUCGAAGUUGCAGCUUGUCGUCCACUUGUUCAAGCCGUGGCAGCCAGUAUCCGCGAACAGAUCACCGACUACUGCCCCCAGAUAUACACUGAUGAAGAACCAUUGGACCCAUCUCAGCCAUACUUUGCGUACAAAAACGACGAGAUGCGAAUCUUGAUUAAGUUGAACAUCACAAUCGGCCAAAAUACACUGAUCGAUCAAUUCGAAUGGGAGCUCAAUAACCCUUUCAAUUCGCCGGAAGAAUUUGCCCGUCAGAUGACGAACGAUUUGUCCCUGGCAGGAGAGUUCACCACCGCAAUUGCCCAUUCCAUACGUGAACAAUGCCAGCUAUUUUCGAAAUCUUUGCAUAUAACCGGUUAUCCCUUCGAUGGCCGACCUGUGGAGGAUCCUGAUUUACGAGAAAACUUCUUACCCUCUCCUCUACCUGGCACCUUUCGACCCUAUCAGGCAGCCAAAGACUACACCCCUUAUUUAUACGAGCUCAACGAAGCAGAUUUGGAGCGCACAGAGCUGUCAAUUUCUCGGGAACAGAGAAGACAAAAGAGAUCUACCAAUCGUAGGGGUGGACCAGCACUGCCGGAUCUCAAGGAUCGGCAGCGGACCAUUCGAUCACUGGUUAUCUCUUCUGUCAUUCCUGGAGGUGCUUUGAGCUUGGAGGAAAGUCGGAUCUUCCGCAUCACCAAGUCUGCUCGAAGAUCUGCCCGCGGUGCCGGCCAACGAGAUGGACUAGAAGACUCGGACGAAUCGGACAGCGAGGAUUCGGGACCAGACUCUCCUGCCAUUCCCACACAUCUAUUACAACAGGGGACUGCCCGAACGAGAGGGAUGCGGAACGCUGCUUUAACUGCGACCGCCGGCAUCCGAUCUAACCUCAGCGGCUUUGCCUCCGCCAGGUCUGCAACGCCGGAUUCAAUAACGCCUUCGCAUCAUGAAGGCCGAGCAUCCGUCAGAAGAAAGGACUACAAGGAAGACAGCGACGAAGAGUCUGGCCCCGAUAAGUUGAUCAUCACAUUGAGGCUAGGAAGGGCAAAACUACGUGACUGGACACGGUCGCAGCGCGCGAAAGAUCGGGCAGCAGUGGCCUCAAACGCCUCGAAUCAGGGUAGCCCACGUCCCGGAACUCAUUCACGGUCUGUCUCGGCGGCACCAUUAAACCUUGCUGCGAUGCCUCCACCGCCAUCACCUGUACCAGCUCCCGCCGACAUUCCAGGCGCUGUGGAUGCCACACAUCACCCGCCCAGUGCUGCACACCCUCCCCCCCCGCCUCCGGAUUGGCUCACUCAAGACUUAGACCGACUUCGGAAGAUCUAUCCCACCGAUCGCUUCGAAGGCUAUAUGAAACAUACAGCAGUGGACCCGAAGAGUCAAAAGCUUGUGUCCGCAAAUGAAACGAACAGAUCCUUCCCGCACAAAUAUGUGCCACGCAUUAGAUGCCUUGAUUGUCCUCCCGGAAAGACUUACCUGCCCAGUGCCGAGAAUUUUGAGGCACACCUGAGGAAUCGUGUCCACCGGGUACAUGUGGACGAACGACUGGGCAAGAAAGGAGCUUCAUAG